AUGAAUAGUUAUAUCUCUCAGUUUAUCCCUCAACUAGGAGGAUACUCUCUAAGUGCUGAGAAGCAGGAGGAUAUUGAAAAAGUGCUUGAAUUUCCUAAGAUUAAGCGUAUAUUAAUAUUCAAUCCUGAUUUUGCUGAUAAGAAGUCAGAAUCAAACGAAGAGUUAGAGAAACAAAUAUUAUGCCUCGUGUCCUCAGAGAAGGUUUUAGACAUCACAAGUGAGGAAAGAAUUAACAUAAUUAAGAUGAUGGGGGUGAUUCAGGGAACCAUGUCCUUUGUGAAAGAUUUUAAUGAGAAUUCACUGAGCGAAGUUACUGUCAUAAAGACUGAGUCCACCAAUAUUUUGGUGAAGCAGGUAGAGGAAACUUACCAUAUUGCAUGCUUUCUCGAAUUAGUCGAUGAUGAAUACGAAUCAAAUGUGAUAGAGGUCCAGUUCAAAGAGCUUAUUGAUCAAGCGUAUAGUUUUUUUAAAUUAAUGAACACUUCAUUCGAGGCGAUGUUAAAGUCGUAUACUUUGAGUAUUUUAAAGGAUGAGCUUAUUGACUUUUGGGAUGGCUUUUUGGUGAGCUAUAAUCAAGGAACGCUACGGUUAAAAUCCAACUCAGUAUGGCCCAAUUGCUUAAACUACAAAGGAUUUUUGGGUACAAUACCAGGAAAACCCUACAAAAGAUCAUCUUUGUAUCUAUCAAGAAGUGCCCAGAUUGAAAUGGAUCAAAUUAUAGAAACACAUAGGAAUGAGCUUCAUUUUCCGAGUGGAAUUAUUGUGUCAAACUUUAAUAAGAAGGAACCUAAACAAUAUGGCAUGCUUUACUUAAACAGCAAUCCCUCAAAGAACAUCGAUGGAACUUUCAUUACAGAUAAAUCACUUAUUUGCAUAUAUAAUUGGCUUGAGUUCUACGAUUAUCACGAAAAACUAGAUACAAAUCACUUGGUAAAAACCGAUACUCUGGAUUUAUUCGCUUCCAUUUCUUCGACAGAGGAUAUAUCAAGCCAUAAGAGUCAUAGACAAGAUCCAGACUCCAUCCAAGAAGAACAUAGUACAAAUAAUGAGGAGAUUGAUUCCCAGUCAUUUGCCAGAUCUGCUUUCGAUAUGCUUAAUCCUAUCACUUUAACCAACAAUCUUGUCAUUCUGCCACUAAAUAAUUCCAUGAAUAGCGUAAUGACUUAUGGAAGAACUAAUAAUAACGCUAAUAGCACUGGGGAAGAAAACAGUAGCUGGCUACCAAAAUUUACUUUAAACCCCUUUGGGAGCAGUAAUGAAAAUCCAGCUGAAGCAAGGGCAGCUGAAGAAAAUGUGGAAACGACCAAUAUCAACAAUUAUGAUGAAAUUGAUGACGAGGAUGACGAUCAUGGGGAAUUUAUAAUUGGGCCUACGAAAGAUGGUGAACAGGCCACAGAAAUCCAAAGGAAGCUAAUAUAUUUAGAAGCACAGGAAAACGAUUCGAUAACAGAAAGAGAAUAUCUGCUAGUGUUAUUCCGCAAGGAUGAUAUUGCAAUCGCUUUAGUAUUCGACUCAUCAAUAGCUUCUCUUGACGAGUUACAGUUUUAUCAAGAUAUUCAAAACUCUUUUUUCUUACCAAUGAUAGAACAGAUAGAGAAUACUUUAAUUGGAGGAAGUGCAUUAGGUAAUAGCAUAAAUUCAAUGAAAUCUAUGGGCCCUCUUUUAAAGAAUGGACUAAAUAAUGAAAAUAGGAUAGAAGCACCAGAUGAUAACUUUUUCUUUAUUGUCUAUGAUCUUAAAGAAUCAUGGUUCAAAUCAUCUCUCCCAUUCCUACCAUUUCCAUCACUCGCCCCUCAAGGUAUUAGCGAACAGUCAAUUUCAAAAUAUCAAAACGCUAUUUGUUCACUUCAUGGUUUUCUCAUUGAUUUGUUCAUUAUUAAGAGCCAUAAUUUUUUUGGACAAUCACGAUUGGACGAAUACUUUCAUAAAUUUAAUUGCAAUAGACUUAAUGAUUGGAUGAUUUAUUAUAUAGAACAUAAAGGUAGAAUUAUUAUCAUUAUGAGAAAUCAAAAUCAUAAUACGAAAAACCAAAGGAACAAGGUCUCAAAUUCAAAAAAGCAAGGAUUAACAUCAUCAGCUGCAUCAGCUAUCGAUCAUAAUGGAUCAGGUAUUUUCAACCAUAUCGUGGAUGGGGUUUAUGAACAGGCACAAUUCGGUUUCCUAGAUAACUUGGGUGAUGAUGUUAAAUCUUGGUUAGAGACAUUUUCCCUAAGUGGCGAGACUUAA